AUGGUGCUCAUUCCAAAGAAGACCCGCCGUCAAAUCUUGGAGCAUCUCUUCAAGGAAGGUGUCAUGGUGGUGAAGAAGGACUACCAGGCGUGCAAGCACAAUGAGCUGGAGGACAUCCCAAACUUGCACGUGAUGAUGGUCUUGAGGUCCCUUGCUUCCCGCCACUACUUGCAAGAAAUCUACAGCUGGCGUUGGCACUACUACACCCUGACCAACGAGGGCAUCGAAUACCUCCGUGAAGUGCUUCACCUUCCCGCGCAGGUCUUCCCACAGACCCUGACCAAGCAGCGUCCUACCCGACCUGCCUUGGCUGGUGGUGAGUCCGAGGGCGGCGGUGGCAAGGGCAAGGGCAAGGGCAAGGGAGCCUGGGACCAGGAGACAAUGGUGUUGAUUCCAAAGAAGACCCGGCGUCAAAUCUUGGAGCAUCUCUUCAAGGAAGGUGUCAUGGUGGUGAAGAAGGACUACCAGGCCUGCAAGCACAAUGAGCUGGAGGACAUCCCAAACCUGCACGUGAUGAUGGUCUUGAGGUCCCUUGCUUCCCGCCACUACUUGCAAGAAAUCUACAGCUGGCGUUGGCACUACUACACCCUGACCAACGAGGGCAUCGAAUACCUCCGUGAAGUGCUUCACCUUCCCGCGCAGGUCUUCCCACAGACCCUGACCAAGCAGCGUCCUACCCGACCUGCCUUGGCUGGUGGUGAGUCCGAGGGCGGCGGUGGCAAGGGCAAGGGCAAGGGCAAGGGAGCCUGGAACCAGGAGGAGAGCUGAGCGUGUCGACGCCGCGGAUUGAGAUCGGAACAGCGGGGUGCGGGGUUCAAAAA